AUGGAUGAAGAUUUUGAGAUGCCUCCCGUCGGUGGGAUGAACGAAGACGACGACAUGGAUUUCGGUGACGCUUCCUCGUUUCUCAAGGUCGGUGAGGAGAAAGAGAUCCAGCAAGGUUUGAAGAAGAAGCUUCUCAAGGAAGGUGAAGGAUACGAGACUCCUGAAAACGGCGAUGAAGUUGAAGUGCACUACACUGGGACUUUGCUUGAUGGGACCAAGUUUGAUUCCAGCCGCGAUAGAGGCACGCCUUUCAAAUUCACUCUCGGACAAGGUCAAGUUAUUAAAGGAUGGGAUAUCGGUAUUAAGACAAUGAAGAAAGGAGAAAACGCUGUUUUAACUAUCCCGUCAGAGCUGGCAUAUGGGGAAUCUGGUUCACCCCCAACAAUCCCUGCGAAAGCCACCCUUCAGUUUGACGUGGAGUUGCUUUCAUGGUCUAGUGUCAAGGACAUAUGCAAAGAUGGUGGUGUGUUCAAGAAAAUCCUUGCUGUGGGCGAGAAGUGGGAAAACCCAAAAGAUCUCGAUGAAGUUCUUGUUAAGUACGAGGCUAGACUUGAGGAUGGUACGGUUGUUGGGAGAUCUGAUGGUGUGGAGUUCACUGUUAAAGACGGUCAUUUCUGCCCUGCACUUGCUAAGGCUGUGAAAACCAUGAAGAAGGCAGAAAAGGUCCUUCUGACUGUAAAACCCCAAUAUGGUUUUGGGGAGAAGGGCAAGCCAGCCUCUGGUGGUGAAGGUGCUGUUCCUCCAAAUGCGACGCUUGAUAUCAACCUGGAGUUAGUUUCUUGGAAAACAGUUUCAGAAGUAACUGAUGAUAACAAGGUUAUCAAGAAAAUCUUGAAGGAAGGGGAAGGAUAUGAACGUCCUAAUGAGGGGGCGGUUGUGAAGGUGAAAUUAAUAGGAAAACUUCAAGAUGGUACUGUAUUCCUGAAGAAAGGCCAUGGUGACAACGAGGAACCCUUUGAGUUCAAAACAGAUGAAGAGCAAGUGGUCGAUGGACUUGAUAGAGCUGUGAUGAAGAUGAAGAAAGGUGAAGUGGCAUUGGUGACCAUAGAACCAGAGUAUGCUUUUGGUUCAACCGAGUCACAACAGGAAUUAGCUGUGGUGCCACCAAACUCAACCAUCUAUUACGAGGUUGACCUUGUUACUUUCGACAAGGAAAGGGAAUCGUGGGACAUGAACACCGAGGAGAAGUUAGAAGCUGCUAGUAAGAAGAAGGAAGAAGGAAAUUCCAAGUUUAAAGCAGGCAAAUAUGCCCUGGCUUCAAAGAGAUACGAAAAGGCUGUCAAAUUCAUUGAAUAUGACACAUCAUUCAGUGAGGAGGAGAAGAAGCAAGCAAAAGCCUUAAAGGUGGCGUGCAAUCUAAACGAUGCAGCCUGCAAACUGAAGUUGAAAGAUUACAAGCAGGCUGAAAAACUCUGUACAAAGGUGUUAGAACUUGAAAGCACCAAUGUGAAGGCCUUAUACAGGAGAGCACAAGCGUACAUGGAGUUAGCUGAUUUGGACUUGGCUGAGUUUGAUGUCAAGAAGGCCCUUGAAAUUGAUCCCAACAACAGGGAAGUGAAGCUGGAGCAGAGACGGUUGAAGGAGAAAAUGAAGGAAUUCAACAAAAAGGAGGCCAAAUUUUACGGGAACAUGUUUGCGAAACUAACUAAGGAAGCUUCAAAGGACGGAGAGCCCAUGAGCACCUGA